AUGCCGUUCAGCCCGUGCGACGAGAUUGCUCUCAGAACGAAAUUCUCCCCUGUCGCUGCACUACCAUGUCUGAUGCUGCAGGCUGUUCUAUUAACUGCUGUGUUUCUCUACAGCAUAUGGCGCGCUCUUUCGAAGCACAUUCCAAGUGCGAACGCGCCGCCUCUAGUUGACCUGACGGAGAAGGAGAUCUUCACGGACCCUCAAAAAGCUUACAGGCGAGCACUUGCCGAUCAUGGCCCCAUUAUAGCUGUGCGACGGAAGGGUCGGCUGGAAUACAUUGUAGAUGAAUCCCUAAAAGCCUCAGUCUUGACGACGGACGGAGAUUUCAGUUUUGAAGGUGGCACCACUACUAUCCUUAACCUGCAUUACUUCCUGGCCAUCUUUCCAUCUUGGGUUUCCGAUUUGGAAGACACUGUGCAGAACGGCAUCAACGCUCGAUUAGAAAAUGUGGUUGAGCAGAUAUUUCCCAUCUUCGUGAAGAGGACGGAGGAUAUCAUGCAUCGCCACCAAGGACAACCUAUAGAUAUGUUUGAGCAUGCUCACGCUAGUAUCGCGGAGGCGAUGACUGUCUUGAUCUUGGGCGAGGGAUACGUCAACGAGAUCAACAUUGCCCUCGUCACGGCGGUAGCUGCGGAGAUCGCGAUUCUAACGGGUAUCUACCAGAAUACAUCCAUAUUCGCACGGUCAAUGCCUGUUCUUUGGCGCAUCUUCACUUGGUUCAGAGUCAUGAUGUAUUCCGUCAGUUACCGCUUUUUGGGUCAUUUAGGACCAGUGGUUUGGAGAGAACUCAGGGGAAAGACCUGGAGGCCUGAUCCCACAAUUCAGAAGGAGGAUGACUGGGAUAACGGCAAUGUCACUUUACUUGCAUAUUUCGCCUGCAAGCACGCAGACCCGGACACCGGUGAAGUCACCGUCUUAUCUGUGGUGAAGGUUAUUGUUAUCUUGCUGGGCAUCGUUUUUGCCUCUGUUCAUCAGAGCGCUUCCGUGGUUGUAUGGGUAGUAUUCAAGCUUGCUACUUCCCCUGAGUAUCUGGAUUCCAUACGACAAGAGAUGAAGGAAUAUGUGAAUCCAGAGACGGGAAAUAUAUCCCUCUCCUGCAUCUAUCGAGUAUUGAAAGGUGCAAACCACCUUAACGCCUUCAUCCGAGAGGUCAUGCGAACUAAAGGUGACACAUUGAUGCCAUAUAGGAGUACGACACAUAACAUGUUACUUGCCAACUAUGCCAUUCCUCACGGCUUGUUACUGCUUUCUUUGGCAAUGUUGUCCAAUGAAAGUGUUGAUUACCACGGCAUGGACGCCCAUAUCUUCUGUCCUGAAAGGUGGUCUGGUCAGAAUGCAAAGCCAGCGGUCAUGACCAGCCCCUCAUACCUACCAUUUGGUCUUGGGAGAUGGGCCUGUCCUGGAAGGUUUCUUGCCAUAAUGGAAAUUAAGAUGAUGGUGUGGUCUAUGGUUGCAAGGGCUACUCCAAUUCUCCAAGAUAGCAUGUAUGAGGUUAUCUGUCGCGACUUAGGGUCGAGCGACAGGGGAAAACCAAAUGCUGGGGGCGUUCGACUGAUUCUCACCGGAGCGAUGGUGAGCGACACUCAAACCUAA